AUGGUACCAAAUAAAUUAAAGCGUCAUUUUACCUCAAAACACAGUCAUUUGUCAGAAAAACCAGUAGAAUACUUUAUUGAGCUUUCAAAAUCUAUAAAGAAGCAGUCUGCAUCAUUCACAAAGAGAAUGAAGACAUCAGAGAAAGCUCAAAAGGCAAGUUACUUGGUUGCUCAAAUAAUUGCCAAAAACAAGGACCCACACACUAUUGCCGAAACCACCAUAAAGGAAUCUUGCUGUGCUAUUGUUCGAACAAUGUUUGGGCCCGAAUUUGAGAAAGAAGUUAAUAAAAUCCCUUUGGCAGAUAACACGAUUGGAAGACAUAUUCAAGACAUGUCUGAUGACAUUAAGCAGCAAAUGAAGGAUAUUUUUCAAGACGAUAAUAUGAUCUUUACAUUGCAAUUAGAUGAAGCAAGAGAUGUCAGUGGGUUAGCACAAUUAUUGGUUUUUAUACGUUUCAUUCAUACUGACAGAAUUAUUGAGCAAUUCUUGUAUUGUCUAGAACUUCCAAUGAGAACUAGAGGUGAAGAUAUAUUUAAAACUUUAGAUUGCUUCAUGAAGGAAAAUAAUUUGCAAUGGUUAAAUUGUGUAGGAAUAUGCACAGAUGGCUCACCCUCAAUGGUUGGUUCAACAAAAGGUUUUAUAGCUUUAGCAAAGAAAGAGAAUGAAAAUAUUAUACUUACUCAUUGCUUUUUAUAUCACGAAGCACUAGUCGCGCAAACCAUUGGAAAUGAAUUAAGAAAAGUUUUGGACAAAGUGGUUCAAAUGGUCAAUUACAUUAAAAGUAGACCUCUUCAAUCAAGAUUAUUUGCUCAUAUUUGUGAAGAAAUGGGGGCAAGGUUUAAAAAGCUUCUACUACACACAGAAGUUCGUUGGCUCUCAAGAGGUCGAGUGCUUUGUCGUGUAUAUAAAUUGAGGGAAAUGAUGCUUAAACUUUUUGUGGAAAAUCAGCAAAAUGAAUUCUGCAAUCUAAUUCAAAACAAACUGUGGUGCACAAAAUUGGCAUAUCUUGCUGACAUAUUUGAACAUUUGAAUAAAAUAAACACCAGUAUGCAAGGAAAAGGAGAAAAUAUCUUAACAGCGGUAGAUAAAAUUUGUACUAUGAGAGACAAAAUAGCAAUUUGGAAAAGGAAAGUGAAAGAAGGAAAUUUUGAAAUGUUUUCCAAAACUGCUGAGCGCAAGCUAAAAUGUGAUAUCAGCUCGCUAAUUGUUGACCAUUUAACAUUGCUUGGAGAGAAAGUUCAGCAUUACUUCCCAAAUGUUGGAAUCCAAGACUAUGAUUGGAUCAGAAAUCCAUUUCUUUCAACUGCAACAAGGAACCUUUCACUUAUUGAAGAAGAAGAAUUAGCUGACAUAAAAAAUGAUCGAAAUCUGUUAAUGAUGUAUGAAGAGGGUGACUUAGACAGCUUUUGGAUUCGUAUUUAA